AUGCGUUUUGUACUCUCUUUAAUUGCCGCUGCUGGUCUUGCUAGUGCAGGACUUCUAGGAACACUCACUAAGAGGGAUGACUAUUGGGGUGGCAGCGUCUCACUCGGUCCUUCCCAGUCCACCAUCGUCAAUGCCGUCACAACACUGAUUCCUGGGGAUGCGCCACCAACUCAGAAUGGUGUCCUGUUCCUCUGGCCGGGAAUGUCCAACGGUACUGGCGACCUGAUCCAAACGACCCUCGAAAGCUGGCCUAGUAAUGACUGGUGCGGAGCAACCACUGGCCAGUGGUGUGUACGCGCCAGUAUCUUUGGAGGCUUUGGUCAGCUAGACGGACCCAGUUCGCCCGUUAGCGGGACCGAUCAGGUGAGGAUCGAGUACAAUCUAGAGUCGGAUGGACAGACCUGGAAGCAAACUGUCACCAAUGGUCAGACUGGAGAUCUUCUUUCCACCUACUCUUAUGCCUCCGGUCCCUAUAUGCGAGGCUAUGGCACCGGAACCGAGUGCAAUGACAACUGCUCUGGAACUAUUGCUGCACAGAAGUAUUUGAACACGGUCAUCACCCUUGCGUCGCCCGAUACCACAUUCGGUGCGACGAUUGCUAGCGCGGGCGGUGCUACUUAUACUGGACUCUCCUCGAGCGAGAAUGGAAAAGUGUGGACUAUCACACAGAUCGAUAUUCCCGCUAUGGAUUAG